UCUUCUGUAGCUGUGUGAAGCUGGACCUCGCAGGUGUGGGACAGAGACGACUAACAUGGCUUACACUGCGAAGGUGGGACCCUCUAUCCUGAGCACUGAUCUCUCACAGCUCGCCAGAGAAUGCGAGCGAAUGAUGGAGUGUGGUGCUGACUACCUGCACUUGGACGUUAUGGAUGGGCAUUUUGUCCCAAACAUCACAUUUGGACAUCCCAUGGUGCAGUGCCUGAGGAAUGCUGUGGGCCCACAUCCCUUCUUUGACAUGCACAUGAUGGUGUCCAGACCUGAGCAGUGGGUGACGCCCAUGGCUGCAGCAGGUGCCAACCAGUACACCUUCCACCUGGAGGCCAGCACCAACCCUGGGCACCUCAUCAGACUGAUCCGGGAGAGCGGUAUGAAGGUCGGCCUGGCUAUCAAGCCUGGGACCACUGUGGAAGAAUUGGCCCCGUGGGCUGGACAGAUUGACAUGGCUCUAGUUAUGACAGUGGAGCCUGGCUUUGGUGGCCAGGCGUUUAUGGAGGACAUGAUGCCUAAAGUCAGCUGGUUACGGAGUCAAUUCCCUUCCCUGGAUAUUGAGGUAGAUGGAGGAGUCGGUCCAGACUCCAUUCACAGAUGUGCUGAGGCGGGGGCAAAUAUGAUCGUUUCUGGUAGUGCCUUAGUGAGCAGUGAUGACCCUCGAUCCGUAAUCGCCCUCCUAAGAGAUGUUGUGCUCGAGGCCAUUCAGAAAAGAUCUUUGGACCGCUAACCUGUCUGGGCAUUUCUAUUCCCUUCUACUCUUCCAUCUGCGGUGAGAACCACUGGGGGUGUGGCAACUAUUAUCAUUACAUGUCUCAAGGUCUGAAUUGUUUCCAGAAGGUCUGAACUCCAGCUGGUGUCUAACAGAUACCUACUGCAUAUCAUGCAACGGAUGCCCUUGGCCUACAAGAAACUCAUCUGGCGUAAAGAAGCUGCCCUUCUGGGCUACCUGCACAGUAGGGCUUUGGUUUCUACCUUUUAAGAAAUUAAAACUAAUGCCCACAAUGCUGGAAAUGUUCCAUUUUUGUCACCAUAUACCUGCCCGCCCAAACGGGCCUCAUGACCUUAGUAGGUCACUACUUUAGGUCGCUGGCCAAAAUGAAGUCUGUAUCUUAUGAUCUUGGCCUGAGAGGUCAACAGUCUGGAAGUGAUCACUACUGGAAGACCUUUGAUGUAGCCUUGAGAUAUUAAAUCAGUUUUUGCAUUCCAUUCAA